GGCGGCGUAGGCAGGCGCUGACGUCAGCUGGCGGCGCGCUGCCCGCACUGCGGCACCCAGAGGGUGCUCAGAGCCCGGGUGGCCGGCGGCAGGGGUGGUAGCGCGGUCGCCUAGCUCUCAGCCCCACCCCGCACGGUCCCGGCGUCAGCUCCGGCGGGACCCUCUGUGGGCAGGUCUGCGCCCUCUUCUCCGGUGUCAACCUGGUGCUGAAUCUUGAACCCGUGAAAUACCUUCUUAAUUACAUCUGAGAAAAGGAUCCUGAUUGAAUCAGUGCUUUACGCUAUAACUCAAUGCUCUCCAUGAAGCUGAGAUAUGCCCACUGUUGAGAGUGAAGCAAAGGUGAAGACCAAAGUUCGCUUUGAGGAAUUGCUUAAGGCCCACAAUGAUCUAAUACGUGAAAGAAAAAAACCGAAGAAAAAAAUUGGCAAAUCUGGAGAAAAAAUCUCACUUGAUGCUGUUAGAAGCAAUCUUCAGAAAAUCAGGGAAACUAAAAGUGACGAUAUAAGUGCUGCUAACACUAAGAACCCAGGGAAGAACAUGCGAGUCACUAAAAACAAACCAAGAGAUUCGCAGCCAGCAACUGAAGAUCCAGAUAAUGAUGUUAAUGUGGAGGACGACAAGCAAGAAAAGGCAAAUAAAAAGGUUAUAAAAACAGCACUCCAGGUGACAGCACAAGAAGUGGAGCCGGAAACUCCUGAGAAGAAGGCGGAUGCAACACCCCAGAAAGCGCGGACCAAGCCACUGCCAGGUGUCACUCGUGAGAAAAGUGAGAAGGCCAAGGAAGGAGAAAAUAGCUUAGAUGAGGAAGAACUGAUGAAAGUAUACCAGCUCCAAGUAGCUGAAGAAAUGGCAAAGGAGAUUAAGAAGAAGAUCCGAAAGAAACUCAAGGAGCAGUUGGCUUACUUUCCCUCAGAGACUUCCUUUCCUUCAGAUACUUCAUUGUAUGAUGACAAACUGAACGGUGAAAAAAGAAAAAAGAAAAAAAAGAAAGUCCCAAUCCUGUCUAAAUCUGAAACAAGUACAUUGAUCAUCUCUGAUGACCCAGCUGAAGGUGAACAAAAGAAGGAAUCUCCAGUUAGAGCAGUUACUUCAGAUUCUCAUCAAGAUGAUGAAAUAAGCUCAAAGGAACAAAAUGUAGAAGACAAUGUGCAAGAUGAUGCAAAAUCCAAACCGAAAAAAAAGAAGAAGGCUAAAACAGUUUCAGAUGAUAAUGAAGACACUGAUGGUGACGGUGUUCAUGAAAUAACAAGCCGAGAUAGUCCAGUUUAUCCCAAAUGUUUGCUUGAUGAUGACCUUGUCCUGGGAGUUUACAUUCACCGAACUGAUCGACUUAAGUCAGAUUUUAUGAUUUCUCACCCGAUGGUAAAAAUUCAUGUGGUUGAUGAGAAUACUGGUCAAUAUGUCAAGAAAGAUGAUAGUGAACGGCCUGUUUCAUCUUACUAUGAAAAAGAGAAUGUGGAUUAUAUUCUUCCUAUUAUGACACAACCAUAUGACUUUAAACAAUUAAAAUCAAGACUUCCGGAGUGGGAAGAACAAAUUAUAUUUAAUGAAAACUUUCCCUAUUUGCUUCGAGAUUUUGAUGAGAGUCCUAAAGUCAUCCUGUUCUUUGAGAUUCUUGAUUUCUUAAGCAUGGAAGAAAUUAAGAACAACUCUGAAAUUCGAAACCAAGAAUGUGGCUUCCGGAAAAUCGCCUGGGCAUUUCUCAAGCUUCUAGGAGCCAAUGGAAAUGUAAACAUCAAUUCGAAACUUCGCUUGCAGCUGUAUUACCCACCCACAAAGCCUCGAUCCCAAUCAAAUGUCAUUGAGGUUUUUGAGUGGUGGUCAAAAUGUCCAAGAAAUCGUUAUCCAUCAACGUUGUAUGUAACUGUAAGAGGAUUAAAAGUUCCAGAAUGUAUAAAGCCAUCUUACCGUUCUAUGAUGGCUCUUCAGGAAGAAAAGGGUAAACCAUUGUAUUGUGAACAACACCAUGAGGCACGUUCAGUAGACACAGAACCUGGAUUAGAAGAUUCAAAGGAAGUGGUGAAGUGGAAACGACUGCCUGGGCAGGCUUGCCGUAUCCCAAACAAGCACCUCUUCUCACUAAAUGCAGGCGAGCGAGGAUGUCUGGGUCUUGCUUUCUCCCACAAUGGAAGAAUACUAGCAGCAGCCUGUGCCAGCCGCGAUGGGUAUCCAGUUAUUUUAUAUGAAAUUCCUUCUGGACGUUUCAUGAGAGAAUUGUGUGGCCACCUCAAUAUCAUUUAUGAUCUUUGCUGGUCAGAAGAUGAUCGCUAUAUCCUUACUGCAUCAUCUGAUGGCACUGCCAGGAUAUGGAAAAAUGAAAUAAACAAUACAAAUACUUUCAGAGUUUUACCUCAUCCUUCUUUUGUUUACACGGCUAAAUUCCACCCAGCUGUAAAAGAGCUGGUGGUUACAGGAUGCUAUGAUUCUGUGAUACGUAUAUGGAAAGUUGAUAUGAGAGAGGAUCCUGCCAUAUUAAUCCGACAAUUUGACACUCACAAAAGUUUCGUCAACUCUCUCUGUUUUGAUAUUGAAGGUAAUCACAUGUAUUCAGGAGACUGCACAGGGGUGAUUGUUGUUUGGAAUACGUAUGUCAAAGCUAAUGAUGUGCAACACUCAGUGCGUCACUGGAGUGUAAAUAAGGAAAUUAAAGAGAGUGAGUUUAAGGGGAUUCCAAUAAGUUACUUGGAGGUUCAUCCCAAUGGAAAACGUUUGUUAAUUCAUACCAAAGACAGUACUUUGAGAAUUAUGGAUCUUCGAAUAUUAGCAGCAAGGAAAUUUGUAGGUGCAGCAAAUUAUCGAGAGAAGAUUCACAGUACUUUGACACCAUGUGGGACUUUUCUCUUUGCUGGAAGUGAGGAUGGUAUAGUAUAUGUUUGGAACCCAGAAACAGGAGAACAAGUAGCAAUGUAUUCUGACCUGCCAUUCAAGUCACCCAUUCGAGAUAUUGCUUAUCAUCCACUUGAAAAUAUGGUUGCAUUUUGUGCGUUUGGGCAGAAUGAGCCAAUUCUUCUAUAUAUUUAUGAUUUCCAUGUUGCCCAGCAGGAGGCUGAAAUGUUCAAACGCUACAAUGGAACAUUUCCAUUACCUGGAAUACACCAAAGUCAAGAUGCUUUAUGCACCUGCCCUAGACUGCCUCAUCAGGGCUCUUUUCAGAUUGAUGACUAUGUCCGCACUGAAAAUUCUUCAAUGAAGAUGCAGCAAGUGAAACAGAGGAUUGAUUCUGUCACAGAGGUGAUACGAGCCUGUGCUGCAAAAGUUAACAAAAAUCUCUCAUUUACUUCAACAUCAGCCUCUGCACAACAAUCGAAGUCAAAACAGUCCAACAUGCUGGACGCUCAUCAGAUUCUGCGUCAGUUUGGUUUCUCUCAAACUGGAUGUUUAAUUCCUGCAUAUACAGAUUCUGGGAAUGCAAGAUUCAUUCAUACAUUCAGGAUUAUCAGUAUAGAAAGAAAGCCUUGUAACCACCAUGUAGAUACAGCACCAACGGUAGUGGCCCUUUAUGACUACACAGCGAAUCGAUCAGAUGAACUAACCAUCCAUCGCGGAGACAUUAUCCGAGUGUUUUUCAAAGAUAAUGAAGACUGGUGGUAUGGCAGCAGAGGAAAGGGGCAGGAAGGUUAUUUUCCAGCUAAUCAUGUGGCUAGUGAAACACUCUAUCGAGAACAGCCUCCAGAGGUAAAGGAGCGAUCCCCUCCUUUAACCCCUAAGGAAAAAGCCAAAAUGGAAAAAGCUUUUUCAGCUCCACAAAAGCAGUCAUUCAAGUCCCAGGAUUUCAGACCGGGCUCAGAGUCUAUGACACAUUCUGAGGUGGGCAGAGAACAGAGCCUUGAGGACCGCAGACACAUCAUGGAUAUGCAGGGGAAGAAGAACGAACAAACCAGCCGGAAAGUCACCCUCAUAGAGUAAAGAGCUGAAGAAGAAUGAAGAGGCAAAGAACCAAAUAUACAGAAAUGAAAUGACAAAUUAAACCAAAUGGAAUUUCUCUUCAGAGUUCAGAAAUUUCAGAUGGCCAGGAAGAAAGGAAGGCUCUUCUAUUUCUUAUCCUUAUGAAAGAAUCUAGAAAAAUCAGAAGCAAGGAAUCGAUUCUGUGGAUUCAAACUAAUACAUGGACAGUAACAUUUUAUUCAAGAAACAGUAUCCCAGUCACAUAAGAGAAAAUAAAAACAUCAAGAGUCACGUCAAUCAAAAGGCUCUGCUGAGUGGCAGACUCAGUCUGUGGAUGGACCCAAUUAUCUGCAGGCGAAUUGAAUGUCAGCAUCAUUUAGGGUUAACAAUGGACCAGCUAGGCAAAAGCAGACAGCUACUCUCUGCAGAGACCUGGAAAGCAAACUUGGUAAUGAGCCUCGAGCAUUUCCUUUGGAAGGUUGGAGUUCCUCAGACUACAAACAAGAGGACACAAGGGAGUGUGGGAACCUUGAAUCUGGAAGUUUUCAUAAGAAGGGAAAGGUUCCAGGUGGUAAAGAAUAGGAUGGGUCUUGCUCAGCAGAAACAGAGCACUAUUUACAAUAUCCAAGACAUGGAGCAACCUAAAUGUCCAUCGACAGAUGAGUGGAUAAAGAAGAUUUGGUAUAUAUACACAAUGGAAUAUUAGUCAGCCAUAAUAAAGAAUGAAAUAAUGCCAUUUGCAACAACAUGAAUGGACCUAGAGAUUAUCAUACUAAGUGAAUCUCCGUUCACCAUCCUCAGGAGACAUAGCUGGCCCUUUAUGUCAUCAUGGCCCGUGUACAUCAUCAUGGCAACCAUCUCUGCCAGUGGACCUCAAGGCAUGUCUGAACUGCCAUCACAAGCUUUCUUUGUCACUGAUUUAUAGCAUCAGCCCAAAUAAUCAUCUGGCCUUCAUCCUGGCAAGAAGAAAAAGAUACACGGGGUGGUUAACAAGAAGGUAAUGUGUGUGAGUAUUUAGGUAGUAGCUAAUUAUUUUCUGACUGGAGAACCAGAUAGACUGUGGCAACACUGUUUCUAACCCCACUGCUUUAACACUUUCCUAAGUGGACAAAUGGAUGUGAAUCAGAAAGGAGGGUAAAGUGA